AUGUGCACUUCAUAUUCUCUAUCAAAACACCUCGUUUUUGUCCAUAUCUUGGCUUUACAACUCUUUACAAGGAGGGUUUCGUCGUUGAACCUUACCAAUGCGUAUUUGCACCACAAAUGCCUCGUCAGUGAAGGGAAAUAUCAGCCUGGAAGUAAAUUUGAGAAAAACCUUGACAAAAUCAUCGAAAUCAUCUCUACCAAUAAGUUUCAACAAGACGACCAAAUAUUCAAGUCUUAUGGAAAGGCUCCCAAUUUGGUCACCAUCAUAUUCCAGUGUCGCGGCGACUCUUACGGGUCCAAGUGCCUCUCUUGCUUUGCUACCGCGGUUGCCGGGGUAAUGUUACUAAAACAUUAUUAA